AUGUCCACGACCUCGUCCACGCCCAAGUCCACGACUUCCUCCACGUCCAAGCCCGCGACCACCACCGCCGCUUCCAAAGCCAACUCCGUAGCCUCCUCGAAAGACUCGACAGAGCUCAAGCUGGAGAAGCUCGACACGCGCCUCAGAGCGACUAACCACAACAACGUCGCCCGCAUCGCGAACAGCCACCUCGUAUCCGCCGAUGACCACCUGCACGUACUGCACUCGCUCAAGACGAACCGUCCCAUUGAACGGUUCCCUAGUACGCCAAAGGACAUCGCGAAGCUGACGGACACGCUCGUGGAUGCGAUGCUACUCGCGCUCGACGCCGAUCGCAUGGGAACCAAAGAAUCGAAAGCUGAACGGCUGAGGGAGCAUAUCGGGUUGAGAGCCAAUCCUGCUUGA